CUCUGGGGGGAGUGAGAGAGAGAGGGCAGGGAACAGUAGUCAAACAGAACAGAGAAGACGUGAUGUCCUAGGAGCUCCACACACAUCAUGGCUAAUAUAACUCAAUCUCUUCUUUUCACUCUCCUGCUCUCAGGUCUCCAGAUUACACUCUGUGAUGACGUGUUUCUGGACAACAAGAGGGCAUCACAGGUGUUGGUGCGAGCCAAGAGGGCAAACUCAAUAUUUGAAGAGCUAAAGCCGGGGAACCUGGAGAGAGAAUGCAUUGAGGAGAUCUGUGACCACGAGGAGGCCAGAGAAGUGUUCGAGAUAACCGACCUGACGAAAGCGUUCUGGUUAACUUAUCAGGACUGUGAAGGCACCUCUCUAAAGAGGACUAAAGACAACAUACAGGUGGUGAAAAAAUGUGUAGAAGGAGAAUGUGUUGUCAGUACAGGGCUGAACUACAAGGGCAAUGUGAGCUUCACCUCCUCUGGGAAGCUGUGCCAGUACUGGAGAAGCAACUUCCCCCACCUGGUGGAGUUUAAUGCCACUGUGGAUACAAAUUUGAAAGAUAACUUCUGCAGGAACCCAGACAGCAGUACUUUGGGCCCGUGGUGUUACACCAGAGACCCAACAGUCAAGAGAGAACCCUGCACUGUCCCCAUCUGUGGUAAGGCAUUUGUCCCUUCCACACCUCCGGCUGUGCAAAACACUAACACUAUGUAUGCUCAGAAGAAAGAUUGCCUCUCCAACAAUGGGGUGGACUACACAGGCACCCUCUCCACCACCCUGCAGGCCCGAACUUGCCUGCCCUGGACUGAGCCCUCUGUUCAGGCUAGGAUCAAGGGUAAGGGCUUUAUCCCUGAGGUGAAGCUAGAGAAGAACCAUUGCAGGAACCCUGAUGAAGAUCCUGAAGGGCCAUGGUGCUUUGUGGAGAACAACAGGACAACCAUAGAGUACUGCGACCUGGAGCUUUGUGACGACCCCAUAGAUAACUAUCAGGAUAGUACAGGAGGCAAGGAGAGGAGUGUUCUUUCUGGCCCCAGGAAGACCUUCUUCAGCCCACGUUCUUUUGGCAAUGGAGAGCAGGUGUGCGGUGAACGGCCACUGUUUGAGAAGGUGAACAAGAAGGACGCUAAAGAGCAGGAGCUGCUGGACUCCUACAGAGGGAGCCGUAUCGUCAAGGGGUUGGACGCAGAGGUGGCCAGCGCGCCAUGGCAGGUGAUGCUGUAUAAGCGCAGCCCUCAGGAGCUGCUGUGUGGCGCCAGCCUGAUCAGCGAUGAGUGGAUCCUGACUGCUGCUCAUUGCAUCCUCUACCCACCCUGGAACAAGAACUUCACGAUUAACGACAUCCUGGUCCGCCUCGGCAAACACAACAGGGCCAAGUUUGAACGAGGCACCGAGAAGAUUGUGGCCAUUGAUGAGAUUAUCAUCCACCCCAAAUAUAACUGGAAGGUCAACCUGAACAGAGACAUUGCUUUGCUGCACAUGAAACAACCAAUCCAAUUCACUGAUGAGAUUCAUCCUAUCUGCAUGCCUAGCAAGAAGGUAGCCAAUACGUUAAUGUUUUCAGGCUAUAAGGGCAGAGUGACAGGCUGGGGGAACCUGAAGGAAACGUGGAGCUCUAACAACAAGAAUCUACCAUCAGUCCUCCAGCAGAUCCACCUACCAAUCGUUGACCAUGACAUCUGCCGCCAGUCCACCACCAUCCCUGUCACAGACAACAUGUUCUGUGCUGGCUACAAACCAGACGACCCCACAAGAGGUGAUGCCUGUGAGGGAGAUAGUGGAGGACCAUUUGUCAUGAAGAACCCAGAUGACAACCGCUGGUACCAGAUUGGCAUAGUCUCCUGGGGUGAGGGCUGCGACCGAGACGGCAAAUAUGGUUUCUACACCCACCUGUUCCGUAUGAGAAGAUGGAUGAGUAAGGUCAUCGAUAAAGCAGGAGGCGACGAUGAUUGAUCUGUCUCUCAGAUUUGUGAUCUCCAUCCAUCAAAAUGAGAAGGAAAUAAAAGAUUUGAAUUAGGAAAUGAUUAAA